AUGGCCAUCUCAAACGGUUCGACGGACAGAGAGCCCUUGCUGCAACGCUCGACAUCUACUUUAUCUGCAAGAUACGCCAAGAAUGACGAAUUAUACAUCUCAACGUCUCGAGGUGCUUUCAUCGUUGCAUCUGUUGGUCUUCUGAUCUUUCUUCAAGCCACAAAUAUAUCUAUCCUUACAACGACACAGUCAUCUAUCGCUGCAGAUCUCGAUGCUUUUGAGAAUGCUAGCUGGUUCACUUCCUCCUAUCUAAUUGCCAUGUCAUCUCUGGCACCUCUCAUGGGAAGAUUAUGCCAAAUCUUUAGUCCCCGACUAUGCAUGUUCUAUUCUACAAUGACGAUAUGUAUCGGAUCUGUCAUCACUUCAACAUCCAUAUCAUUUGGGCAUUUCAUUUUAGGUCGUGUCAUUACUGGAGUUGGUGGUGGAGGCAUCUUCAUCGUUGCUAGCAUCAUGGCAAUUCAGAUGACCAGUCCAAGGCGAAGGGGUCUAUACAUGGGCCUUGCUAACACUGCAAUGACGGUCGGAGUUUCGCUUGGUGCGGUCAUUGCAGGCGCACUCGAACCUAGAAUUGGAUGGAAACCAUUAUUCGGCGUCCAAGCACCUCUGAGCUUUAUUGCAGGCAUUUGUCUGUUAUUCUCCAUACCAGCAACUCACACUUCCAAUAACGCCAAAUAUACUGGCCUCUCAAUCCGCGAAAAGCUUGCUCGUAUCGAUUACUCAGGGGCCGUACUGUUGACCACCACCAUUGUCCUCUUUCUCAUGGGUUUAUCUGGUCCGAAGAUACUCCCAACCCCCCUAAUCCUAUCAGCACUCGCUCUUCCCGUCUUUGUAUUCAAUGAAGCCUAUGUCGCCAGCGACCCUGUCAUUCCAGUCUCUGUUUUACGAUCCCGAGGAACUCUGCUGACUUGUCUUGCAACGACUGGCUUCAUGAUGGCUCGCUGGAGCAUUCUCUUCUACACCCCAGUAUAUUCUCUUGCUGUUCGAGGCUGGGCACCUGCUGUGGCUGGGUCGAUUCUCAUCCCGACAAAUGCUGGUUUCGCUUCUGGUGGUCUACUUGCAGGGGUUUUCCACAUCAAGAGAACAGGAAGCUUCUAUCUUCACACAAUAGUCGCUAUGGCCUUGUUCCCCGUUACAAUGGCUGUCCUUGCAUUCAUAUCGACACCCACCAGCCCGUGGGCUUUGUAUGUGACUGUGGUCUUCAUUAAUGGCCUUGCUACUGGAGCUGCGUUAAACUACGCACUUGUCCAUCUUCUCCAUCUCACGCUUCCAGAAGUUCAUCCGAUUGUCAUCUCUCUCCUUUCCACUUUCCGCGGCUUUUCGGGUUCGUUUGGCUCGGCAAUCGGUGGCGGAUACUUUGUACGUGUGCUGCACAAGUCGUUGGACAAAGGUUUCGCGCGUGCCGGACUGAAGAACCGCGGCGAGCUGACGAGGAGGCUUCUGGGAAGCCCAGGGCUGGUGGGCAAACUGGACGGCAAAGACAAAGUUGUUGCCAUUGCGGCGUAUACAGACGCUAUCAAGGCCUUGUUUCUAUGUGCUGUGGGACUGUCUGUCGUUGUAAUACUUGUACAAGCUGGUACGGGCUGGAAGGAACCGGAGAAAUCUGAUGAACAAAGAGGGGAGGAGGAAGGCCAAGGAGAGAACAAUGUACCUCCUGGUGCUUGA